AUGGUUAAUGAGAUGCAAGACCAAAUUUGUCGAGGACAAGUUCGAGCGUCCGAGGCUUCGUUUUUCUCGAUUCUUUCAGUUUCUCGUCUAAUCGAGAUGAGUCUUGUUACCGCCUCCAUUGCUGCUCUUGCUUUUCUUAUUCUUCUUCUUCUUCUUCGUCUUGCCCUUCUGAAAUUUCUUAGACAAAUCUUUCUUGAUUUUGGGGGUGGGUUUUCUCAGAGGGCCAUAUGGGCGCUCCGAUUAUCUGGACUCCACUCGGCCCACAAGCUGCAGCCCGACCCGAUGACCCUCAAAUCCUUCUCCAAGCGCGCCAAUGGCAGGGAAGGCCGGAGCCAGUGGCCGACCAGGGGCGACAAGAAGUCGAAGGCUGCAGCCCGGCCCCAUGGCCCUCAAAUCCUCCUCAAACCGCGGGGAAGGUCGGAGCCAGCGGCCGGCGAGGGACGGCAACAAGCCAAAGACCGCCCACAAGCUGAAGCCCGGCCCGAUGAUCCUCAAAUCCUCUUCCAAGGACACGAUGAACUUCUGCUUGGUGGUGGUCUCAAUAUUCCCAGGACAAUACAUGAAAUUUUAGUGGCUUUCGCUACUUGCCUCGCACAUGAUGGGAGGCUAUUUGAUUCCAGGGUCGAAUGCUUAAUAAUUGAGAUGAGGUUGAACGGAUGUUCGUGA